UUUUACCAAAAUGAACUAUAGCAGUGCAUACAUGUUUUAAGAUUUGUUUAUUGUGCUGCCACGUUGGCAGGGGCUGAUGAGAUGCUGCGUGGGCGGGGUGCGAUGCUGGCGUGGCAUCCAGUAGCUUAGGCUGCUGCACUGCCACAGCGGUGCCAGAAAUUGUUGUAGUUGUUUUGCUUUGUGAUCAGUUUGAGUUAAUUUUUGUGCCUUUUCUGAAGUAGGGUCCAGUUUUAUAUUUUGCAUAUGGAUGUCCGGUGAUUUUGACGAGGCUGUCACCCUCCACUGGCGUUAAUAUCCUUGUCACCGGUUAACUGUCAGAAGCCCACCUGCUUCCGUUGGAGACAAGGAGUGCGUCCUGCCCUCACUGUCUCCACUAGCGGGCUGUGCGUCCGGCUCCCUCGGCGCUGCUGAGCUGUGGACCAAGGGUCGUGAGCCCAGAUGAGUAAGCUGAGGCCCCAGGAAGUUGUGCCGCUGGGUUAGGGUGCCACAGCGGCUCCGAAGCCGACCUCGGCUCAGAAGCCUGGCCCCUGGCUGCCUGAGGAUCGCCCUCCCGACGGAAGAGAGCUCUUCACUAAAAUGGAGUCAAGUAAAAAGGUGGACUCCCCUUGCGCCAUGCAGGCCAACCCCCCGCUGAAGCACCACCCCGACCGCGGCCCUGGGACAGCUGUGUUUGUGCCCGAGCAGGGAGGUUACAAGGAGAAGUUUGUGAAGCCCGUGGAAGACAAGUACAAGUGUGAGAAGUGCCGCCAGGUGCUGUGCAACCCGAAGCAGACCGAGUGUGGGCACCGGUUCUGUGAGAGCUGCAUGGCUAACGUGCUGAGCUCUCCAAGUCCAAAGUGCACCGCGUGUCAAGAAAGCAUCGCCAAGGACAAGGUGUUUAAAGACAAUUGCUGCAAGAGAGAGAUCCUGGCCCUUCAGAUCUGUUGUCGGAAUGAAAGCAGAGGCUGUGCAGAGCAGUUAACACUGGGGCACCUGCUGGUACAUUUAAAAAAUGUCUGUCAGUUUGAGGAGCUUCCCUGUGUGCGCCCCGAUUGCAAAGAGAAGGUGUUGCGGAAGGAUCUGCGUGACCACGUGGAGAAGACCUGCAAGUACCGGGAGGCCACGUGCGGCCACUGCAAAAGCCAGGUCCCCAUGGUCACCCUGCAGAAACAUGAAGACACCGAGUGUCCCUGCGUGGUGGUGUCUUGCCCUCACAAGUGCGGCGUGCAGACCCUGUUGAGGAGCGAGUUGAGUGCACACUUGUCAGAGUGUGUCAAUGCCCCCAGCACCUGUAGCUUUAAGCGCUAUGGCUGCGUGUUUCAGGGGACGAACCAGCAGAUCAAGGCCCAUGAGGCCAGCUCGGCAGUGCAGCACGUCAACCUGCUCAAGGAGUGGAGCAACUCUCUGGAGAAGAAGGUUUCCUUGCUGCAGAAUGAGAGUGUGGAGAAGAACAAGAGCAUCCAGAGCCUGCACAACCAGAUCUGCAGCUUCGAAAUUGAGAUUGAAAGACAGAAGGAGAUGCUUCGAAAUAACGAGUCCAAAAUACUGCAUUUGCAGCGAGUAAUAGACAGCCAAGCGGAGAAGCUGAAGGAGCUGGACAAGGAGAUCCGCCCCUUCCGGCAGAACUGGGAGGAAGCAGACAGCAUGAAGAGCAGCGUGGAGUCGCUCCAGAACCGAGUGAGCGAGCUGGAAAGCGUGGACAAGUGUGCCGGGCAGGCAGCUCGCAACACAGGCCUGCUGGAAUCCCAGCUGAGCCGGCAUGACCAGAUGUUGAGCGUUCACGACAUCCGCCUGGCGGACAUGGACCUGCGCUUCCAGGUCCUGGAGACCGCCAGCUACAACGGCGUGCUGAUCUGGAAGAUCCGGGAUUACAAGCGGCGGAAGCAGGAGGCCGUGAUGGGGAAGACCCUGUCCCUUUACAGCCAGCCUUUCUACACGGGCUACUUCGGCUACAAGAUGUGUGCCAGGGUCUACCUGAACGGGGACGGCAUGGGCAAGGGCACGCACCUGUCCCUGUUCUUUGUCAUCAUGCGUGGAGAGUACGAUGCCCUGCUGCCUUGGCCGUUCAAGCAGAAAGUGACGCUCAUGUUGAUGGAUCAGGGGUCUUCCCGGCGCCAUCUGGGAGACGCCUUCAAGCCAGACCCCAACAGCAGCAGCUUCAAGAAGCCCACCGGGGAGAUGAACAUCGCCUCCGGCUGCCCCGUCUUCGUGGCUCAGACGGUCCUGGAGAACGGGACGUAUAUUAAAGAUGAUACAAUCUUUAUUAAAGUCAUAGUGGAUACUUCGGACCUGCCCGACCCCUGACGAGUUGCUGGGAGGUGGAGUUGGCAGAAGGUAACUCCUCCGGGGGGGUGAGCCGGUCUGUCUUCACUGAGGUCCUCGCGCUCAGAACGGGACCUUGCGGAGGCCGAGCGGCGGGCAGGCGUGCGGCCGGCGGGAGGAGCCACUGCGAGACCACCCGGACGCGUUUCCCACAGACUAGCAACAUUCACUCUGAGGAAGUAUUUAUCCUUUGCCAAGAUAAAUCUUGCUGUCAGAGAAGAGUUUCAUUUUCAUUUUUAAGAUCUAGUUAACUAAGGUGGAAAACAUAUAUGCUAAACAAACACGUGGUUUUUUUCCUUCCUUAAACUUGCACACCGAAAACAUACAGACACACACACGUGGGGACAGCUGGACACCUCAGCAUGUUAAAUGAAAGGAAAGUUUAUGAAAUAAUAAUGCAGUUCUGAUAUAUUCGUUCUAAAAUUCAAGAGCUCAAUCUUGUUUCAAAUAUAGUAUAUAUUGUCUAUUUUGAAGGCCUCAUCUGGUCUCUGUUUUAAUAAUUUGUUUGUCAGAAGACCCUGAAGUAUGCCUACGUCUUUUUUGGAAAUCUCUAAAUUCAGAAUCAUUUUUUUUUUUAAUUUAAAGUUCUACAAAUAAUUGUUACUGCAAACAUUUUAUUUUAAAAACGUUGAUAGACUGAUAUUUCUUGGAAGAAAAUGUAAAAUAUCAGACACUGGUUAUCACUUGUGAUAGGAAAGAGGAAUCUCAACCUGCUGUUAUUUCUCGUGAGAAAUGUACCUUCGAACCCUGUCGUAGUCGAUGACACUACUUCACGCGGCUGUGGGCCAGCUCAUGGAUGCUGUGCAUCGUUCUCGGACUUAUAGUUGUUUUCACCCUAAAAUAGGGCAUUCGUUGAACUUUGGAGUUCUAAACAAAACCCUGUAAAUUCUGCCCCAUGUGUCCCACCAAGCUCUCUGUGGCCGACAGCCCGAGCUCGGCUCCAGUGUCCCGCGUCCGGGGUGGGCAGGCGGCCCGUGCUGAGGGAGGCCGUGGCAGGCGUGCUUUUCAUCCUGUCAUUUGCUGCAUUCUGUCUGAUCUCUGAGCGCAGAGGU